AUGGAUUUAUUCCACUCUAAACGUCUGGAAUACCGUAGUUUCAAUUCUCCUGAGGAUGAUGACUUCUUCCAUUCCAUCCAGAGUGAUCCGGUUGCCUUCACAAACUCCUGUGCGUCACUCGUACGACCUGUAGACCGCCAAUUUACUGAGAAAAUCAAAAAGUACCUCACUGAGAACACGCUGUUGUUUGUGGUUAUCUACAAAGCUACCAAUGAUACAGGCAGCCGGAUUCUACCUGAGCGCAUCGGCACACUUUUCUUGAAGUCUCCAAGUCCAGAUAUGGCCCACCACCGUUGCUCAGAAUUCGGUAUCGACAUAAAGAAGGAAUAUCAAACCCAGGGAUAUGGCGGCGAGGCAAUCGACUGGAUGCUUGAUUGGGCAUUCAAGAAUGCUGGUUUGCACCGAGUGGAAUGCAAUGUCUUUGGUUGGAACACUCGUGCGCAUAGGAUUUAUCAGAGAUUUGGCUUCCGAGAGGAGGGGCGGAGAAGGGAGUGCCUGUUCAAGGAUGAUAAAUGGUGGGACGAAGUUCAUUUGGGGAUUCUCAAAAAUGAGUGGCAGAAAAUUAGACAGGAGCAGGUUACCAUGUCAAUGUUUGCCUAG